AUGAGCCACUACUCGUACGACGAGGACGACCUGGAUGUCCACAUCCGUAGGCGCCACUCUCCGGAGCCUGUGCGGUAUGUCAGCACGGCGCCCCGACCAUACUAUCCGCCGUCGUACCUUGUGCCCGACCAAGGCAUGCGUGUUGUUGCGCGUAGCCGCUCUCGUGAGCGCAGCAGCCCACCCCAGCCCGCCGGCCCAGUCAUUAUUCAGAACAAGAUCUACAAUGAUCUGUCUUCUGACGAUGAGCAUGAGCUGUCUCGGCGACGCCGGUCUCGCCGCCGCAGCUCAUACUCCCCUUCUCCCUCCCGAUCACGAAACCGAUACAUGACCAAAGAGGACUGGCAGCUCGAGCUAGACAGACGCGAAAUAGAGAGACUCCGCAUGGAACAAGUGAAGGAGAAGGAACAACGCCGUGCCAGCAAAGAACGCCAGGAUGACGAGGAGUUGCGCCGAGCAAAGGAUGAGCUGGACAUGAUCAAGCGCCGAGAGGCGCAGGCUGAAGAAGAGAAGCGUAUCAAGCGCGAACUCGAACUGCAGCGUCUGCGCGAGGAGGAGCGCGCUGUUGCGGAGAAGGAGAUCCGAGACAAAGAGGCUAGGGCUGCUGUGGAGAAGUAUAAGAAGGAAGAGGUAGAGCGAAGAGAAAAGUACGAAAAAGAAAAAAAAGAAGCCGAGAAGGAGUACCAGCGGCGUCUGCAGGAGCAGCUUCUCGCAUCCGGACUAGACGAAGAGGCUAUAAACGCUAUUAUCAAGAAGGAGAAAGUCAAGGUCCCGGAAGCUAGAAACGAGCGCGCAACCUACACCCGAAUGCCUCGCAAGCAUCUGUCAAUCGAGACUCUGAGAACCUUCAAGGUCGAAUAUGACCUUGAUUCCGUUGACCCUACUGGAUUCGUUGUCAUCAGGCGACCGGUCCCCGAGUGGGAGCAAGAUCACUUUUGGAAGCAUACUAAGUAUAUCCGCGAGAAACGUCUGAUUAUCGAAGAUAGGAGACACCACCACCGCCACAAGAGCGAUAUCGAGCUUGUUGUUCGCAAGAAGGAGCGCAAGAGGAGUAAGUCGCCUUCGCCCCUGAUGAUGUGGGUUGCGGGAGGUCGACCAUGA